AUCCAGAACCUCCGGUUGCUGGUGGCCGAGCCCUUCAAAGCUCAGGCUGGAUUAGGUGCGUCCGUUUGUACUUGUAUUGUUUUAACCUCUCUUCGCUGUUAUGGUUCUGAACGUCUUGAUCCCCUCUAUGCAGGAGUUUUCCCACCCACGUCCAUCAUGCGCCGAGAUAAUACCGCUCCGUCUGCCGCCGGUCGUGGGCACAAGGGGCAUGACAAGCCCGGGAAGCCGCUCGUCCCCAAGGUUGAAACUCGGGUGAUCAGGGCCCGGACUGAGGAUGAUUUGGGCGCCGGCGUCUCCAAGAGGCCGCGCGUCGAGGGUACAGCCUCCAAGGCCAUCAUAGUAGCCGACGACUCUGAUGGUGAGCCCGGGAGCCCCCUUAAGCGGAAGCCUGUCUCUCGGGGCAAGUCCCGUCCUUCUCCCCCACGAACUUCUGAUGUUCGUCGUCUCCGGGAUGAUGAUGCCCAGGUCGCUAAGGGUUUUGACGAUGCUCGUCCUCCUUCGCCCCCACAAGCCAAUGGGUCCUCCCUUGGUUUGAUUGAGUUCUCCGGGGUUGGUCCACGCAAGGAGUCAAUGAUGCUCUUUGGUCAAACAGCAUCCUCUAUAUGGUGCGGCCUGAAUCUCAAGGUCCCCCAGGACUUCGCUGCUCAGGAGGCACCCGAGGACCUUCUGGAGUGUGGUCAGAGCACUUUGGACAAAGCCGGGCUCUACUUCCACAGGGCCCGGAUGGCCUUCGAGCAUCAAGGCAGGGAAAUGGCCAGGGUCCGGGCCGAAAGCGACGCCCUUCUGAGGAAUGCAAAAGGCAGGGCCGGCACUCUUCAAGAGAAAGCCGAUGCCUACGAUAAGCUCGUCCAGGAGAAUGCCUCUCAGAAGGAGCUCCUCAAGAAGCAGGAGGCCGAGCUCGUGGAUCUUCGCAGCCGGAUGUGGGCCGUGGAGCAGGCCAAGGUGGAACUCCGCCAGACGGGCGUGGACAACCAUGUCCCUAUUUAUGAGGCCGAUGUUGCCAAGAUCAAGGAGUCUGGUUCCAUUGCCUUUCAGAAAUCCAAGGCUUAUACUGGCGCCAUCCACACCAUGGCUAUGAAGUUCCUCCCGCGGCUCGUUGGCGAGUUCCUGGCCACCUGCCCGGAUGCCUACCAGGAUGGGGUUAAAUUGCUCCAGGCCACCCCCACCGGACGUCGUUUCCUUGACGAUCUCGCCGAUGACACCUACCGCAAAGGUAUGGUUGGGCUAGUAGUGGAGAAUCUCCCGACGUUCGAGCGUCACUUUGGGGCUCCCUUCGAUCCGGAGGCGGCUGGUUUUGACGUCUUGAUGGCAGACGCUCAUGCAGGGGCCCUCGAGCUGCUGAAGGAGCAGGCGGAAGCCAGAGCCAGUGAAGAAUGCAAGCAGGCUCUUUCCAAGGUUCCAGCUCCGGACGUCGAUCAAAAGUGAUUCUCCGUUCAUGACCUUGUACUUGUACAAUUUUUCCCAUUAUUUUCAUUGUCUUGUAAUCUCCCGGCCAAUAGUACCGAAGAAUAAAAGAAUCAUUCUUUGCUCCUUGCUCUUCCGGCUUUUUUUUUUUUUUUUUUUUUUUUUUUUUGGAGUCUUUUAGUCUUCGUUCGUCCUUGGUCCCUGGUCCCACCGGCGUCCCUACUUCGAGGAGACGUUCGGUGUCCGCCGACAUCGCAAGGAUGAACGGGUUUAUCUACAUCGAGAUUCCCCCCUUUUCGUUCGUCCGUGGUCCUUUUAGCCUUACCGACGUCUCUUGCUUCGAAGAGGACGUUCGGUACCCAAGGACUCGCAGGGACGAACAGGUCUACCCUCACGGGUCCCCGACUUUGUUACCCCACGUCCAUCGAUCCAUGGUCAUUUGUGGGAUAAACAGGUUUAUCUUGGCAGGCUCCCUUGGUUCGUCUAGCCCCCUCCGCGUCUCUACUAACCUCUACACCGAGAGGCGUUCGUCUUCGGCGGUUGGAGAAGAUCUGGCACACCCGGGCAAGAUUCCCUUCUACAUAGGAGCUCCUCUCCUCUUCUCCCCAUUUUUUUUUUUUUUUUUUUUUUUUUUUUGGUGGAGGCAAUCCAUACUCUUCGUUCGUCCUUGGUCCCUGGUCCCGCCGGCGUCCCUACUUCGAGGAGACGUCCGGUGUCCGCCGACAUCGCAAGGAGGAACAGGUUUAUCUAUAUCGAGAUUCCCUGGUGCUUCGUCCGUCCUUGGUCCCUGGUCCCACCGGCGUCCCUACUUCGAGGAGACGUCCGGUGUCCGCCGACAUCACAAGGAGGAACAGGUUUAUCUACAUCGAGAUUCCCUGGUGCUUCGUUCGUCCUUGGUCCCUGGUCCCACCGGCGUCCCUACUUCGAGGAGACGUCCGGUGUCCGCCGACAUCGCAAGGAGGAACAGGUUUAUCUACCUCGAGAUUCCCUGGUGCUUCGUUCGUCCUUGGUCCCUGGUCCCACCGGCGUCCCUACUUCGAGGAGACGUCCGGUGUCCGCCGACAUCGCAAGGAGGAACAGGUUUAUCUACCUCGAGAUUCCCUGGUGCUUCGUUCAUCCUUGGUCCCUGGUCCCACCGGCGUCCCUACUUCGUGGAGACGUUCGGUGUCCGCCGACAUCGCAAGGAUGAACAGGUUUAUCUACAUCGAGAUUCCCUGGUGCUUCGUUCGUCCUUGGUCCUUGGUCCUACCGGCGUUCCUACCUCGAGGAGACGUCCGGUAUCCGUAGACAUCACAAGGAGGAACAGGUUUAUCUGCAUCGAGAUUCCCUUCUUUAUCGGUCGUUGGUGAGAACAGAAUUUCAGAAAAAACAGGGGCCUUAUUAUUGACGACGUCCGGCCAUUUUACAUGGUAGUGGGAAUAAUACAAGGACAACAGCCCCUAACUAUUGAUAGAACUUUCUCAAGUGCUCUACGUUCCACAUCCCGGCAUGGUUCCCCUCCAUGGUGUGGAGGAGGAACGUCCCCUGGUUAUAUCUUCUGAUGAUCCGGUAAGGUCCUUCCCAG